ACUUCAUCAUUACGUCAUGCCUAAAAAUAUGCCAAUUACACUGCAGUGUUGUGACCAUCAGUGUAUUAUUAUUUUUAUGUGAGUUCAUAAUUUAUUAGUGCAAGAGAAUUUUACAGUUGCCAUUCGUAUAAAAUAUUUCGAGAACACUAGACAACAGUUGUAAAAAUGGCGUUAUUGCCACCAAUUGUUAAUCCUGGUGUGCCUUAUGUAGGACCAAUUGAAAAAGGAUUUACACCAGGUGAAAUGGUGCGAAUCCAAGGCUUAACAUCACCAACCACUGAUAGAUUUACAAUCAACUUACAAUGUGGAGAUGGCACAGAUCCUGGUAUUGAUAUUGCGUUACAUGUAUCUGUACGAGUUUCUGAGAACUAUGUAGUUUUGAAUACGAAAGAAAAUGGAACAUGGGGUAAAGAAAAGAUUCCAGAUAUACCGCUACCCAUUGGACAAGGUCAACAUUUCGAAAUUUUAUUACUUUGUGAUGAUAAGGAUUAUAAAUUGGCCGUAAAUGGUCAACAUUUUGCUGAAUUCCAUCAUCGUAUGGAUCGAAGUCGUGUAACACAUUUGAGUAUUAAAGGAAAUGUUGAAAUUUCAUUGAUUUGCUAUGAAGGUGGAACACCUGCCGUACCCGAACAAUCUAAAGAUGCUGGUAUUAAUUUUGCUGAGACACCUACUGCUAACAAAGAUAUAGAUUUGAGUAUAGAUGAUUUUAAGCCUUCAGCUCCAUUAAAUCCUGUCUACCCAACGUUACCUCCUGCAGAUGAUACUCGAGGACCAUCGGGAUAUCCAGGUCCAGGAGGAUAUGGACCAGGCCCCGGUGGUUAUGGACCACCAGCAGGUCCCGGUGGCUACGGACCACAACCCGGCCCUGGUGGUUAUGGACCGCCACCAGGUCAAGGUGGUUAUGGACCACCAGGAGGCUAUGCCCCACCAGCUGGUCAAGGAGGUGAAAAACCCGGUCCAUUUGAAUCAAUAUUAGGGCAAGUGGGAAGAGCUGCGGCAGAUGCUAUUAGCACUGGAGCAAUUCGCGGUAUCCUCGCAGGUCCCAAUCCACCACCUCAACAUGGUCCUAUAGGUGGAGGAUACCCUGGUUACCAAGGUCCCGGUGGCGGCCCGUUGAGUAGCUUAUUAAGCAGUUUAACAUCUGGUGGAGGAAAUUCACAAGGUGGUGGUCAAUCUGGAGGCUUUGGAGGAGCGCUUGGUGGUUUACUUUCUGGUGCAUUAUCACAACAUUCACAACCAUCUCAAGGUCCAGUUCAAGGUCAAUAUCAAGGACAAGGUCCAUAUCCUCCACAAGGUGGACCACAAAGCGGUGGACAAAAUCAAGGGGAGGGUUUGGGAGGAUUCCUAAGUGGAGCACUAUCGUCUUUGAUGUCAGGACAAAAUCAACGGCAUUAAGUACAAUUUUAUAAUUUUAUGUUUAUUUAUAAUUUUUUUAAACUAAAGUCCAUACAAAAACAUAGCAAAGUUAAUGAUGGACAUCCAUAUAAUGCUCUCAUAUCUGAAGGCUUUUCGGUUUCGAUGUUUAAUAUUUGGAGUCAAUAUUACAUACAAAUGUUUUUACAAGUACAAUUAUUAGUACCGACAAUAUUUAACAAUAAAAUUAAAAAAAAAAAAAACACUUUUAGAUCUCGAAGAAAGUAUAGACAUCUACCGAUAAAUAUACGUAGGCGUACAAAAUAUUAAAAAGUCGGUAGAAAAUAUAUUAUAACACAAAUAUUAAUAUAACUCAAAUAUUUAUUAUUAAUGCAACUCAAACUUUCCUGAGUAGCAGCUGUCGUUAUUUUAUCUCGAAUAUUUAAAUUAUUUAAUACCUAAAAGUUUAAAAUUUUUUCUCUGAAAUUCCGCAUGGAACUUAACUUUUAAAUUUUAUAGAAAUUUUUUACAAUAUUUUUUUUUUGUAUCCGCGUUUUUUAAAUAGAAAUGCUUUAAAUUGCAUUCAAAAAAUACCUAAUACCAAAGCAGGUGAUAUUCACAGACUUCUAUUAUCCAUAUUAAAUAUAGACCAUGGAUACAUUGGGUCACAAUAUAAGUGGGUUUACUUAUUUUAAAAUAUUCUGUAUUCUUUGUUUUAAAUCAUAUUAUUGGGGAGAGGAGAGUAAUUACUGUUUGGUGUGAUUUCUUAAAUAAUUUGUUACCAGUCUAUAUUAAAAAGGGGUCUGUGAUUAUAUUGCAAUUAACUAUAAAUAGUGCCUUUUUUGAUUCUUAAAAUAUUAUGAUUAGUGUUU